UUGGCCUGUUCGGAUGCCGUCCCCGCAGAUGUUAAAGAGUGUCGUAUGGAGCACGUCGGUGUUCUGAACGCUAAUCUAAAAGAACAGGCAUCUGGGUGUUUUUACAUAUAUUGACAUUUCAUGUAAAGUAGUCUGUGAAGUAUGAGGGCACCAAUAAUCUUCAAGCCCUUUGGGUUGAAGCAUUCUCAGCUUUUUGGCUCUGGUGUGAAGCUGUUUCGAUAUCUGACGACCACAACUGUACCUCAAGAUUAUGAUCUUGUUGUGAUUGGAGGAGGCUCUGGUGGCCUGGCCUGUGCCAAGGAGGCUGCAGGUUAUGGUGCUAAGGUGGCUGUGCUGGACUUUGUGACACCAUCACCCCAUGGCACUGUGUGGGGUCUUGGUGGCACAUGUGUCAAUGUGGGGUGCAUUCCCAAGAAACUUAUGCAUCAAGCUGCUCUACUUGGCAAGGAUCUGAAGGAUGCCAGUGCCUUCGGUUGGAAUGUGAAGGCAAAGGAGGUACAGCUGAACUGGGACCAGCUGGUAAUGGCUGUAACAAAUCAUGUGGGCUCCCUCAACUGGGGACACCGUAUCACUCUCAGGGACAAGCAGGUGACAUACCUGAAUGCCUCUGGCACGCUGCUGGAUCGUCACACGAUCCUGGCGCGGGAUAAGAAGGACACUGAGACGGUGGUGCGCGCCCAGACCGUGGUGUUGGCCACCGGCGGCCGGCCCAGGUACCCGAGUGUGCCCGGGGCCGAGCUGGCCAUCACCAGCGACGACCUGUUCCGUCUGCGCCGGCCGCCCGGGCGCACGCUCUGUGUGGGCGGCAGCUAUGUGAGCCUCGAAUGCGCCGGCUUCCUCACCGGCCUCGGCUUCGACACGACCGUACUGCUGCGCUCCAUCCCGCUGCGCGGCUUCGACCAGCAGAUGGCAGGUCUGGUGGUGUCCGGUAUGGAGAAGCUGGGCACGCGCGUGCUGCGCGGCUCGGAGCCUCUGCGCCUGGAGCGAGCCGACGGCGGCGGCGUCCGGGUCGUGCUGACGCCCGGCGGCGGGCACCAGACGCCGCCGGAGGUGUACGACACAGUGCUGCUGGCUGUGGGUCGGGACCCGGACACGGCGCGCCUGGGCCUGGACAGGGUCGGAGUGGAGAUUCAUCAGAAGACGGGGAAGAUCAUCACGCGUGACGACCGCACUUCUGUCGACAACAUCUACGCCAUCGGAGAUACUGUGCAGAACGCCCCCGAGCUGACGCCGGUGGCGAUCCAGGCCGGGCGGCUGCUGGCCAGCCGGCUGUUCGGCGGCGCGCAGCUCCAUAUGGACUACAGCGGCGUGCCGACCACCGUGUUCACGCCGUUCGAGUACAGCUGCGUCGGCCUCAGCGAGGAGCAGGCCCGUAGCCAGCUGGACGAGAUCGAGGUGUACCACGCCUUCUACCGACCUUUGGAAUACGCGGUUCCCAACCGCGACUGCUCCUCCUGCUAUAUCAAGGCCGUGUGCGAGCGCGCAGCGCCCCAGAAGGUACUCGGGCUACACUUCAUCGGACCAAACGCCGGCGAGGUCAUGCAGGGAUUCUCGGUGGCCAUGAGGAGCGGCCUGACUGUGGAGUCGCUCAGGCAGUCGGUGGGCAUCCACCCGACCUGCGCCGAGGAGGUGGUCAAGCUAAAUAUCACCAAGCGGUCCGGCCUCGACCCAACGGUGACGGGCUGCUGAGGUUAGGGGCGCGGCCGACCUGGCCUCGCGCUGAGCCAGACUCACAAGCAACAGUUCUAGUGCGGGCCAUCGCGAACUCUUGCGGAGCCAGCAGCCGCAGCGCAGGCAAGUCCGCCGCGCCAGCGAAGGUGAUUUGGUGACUCCGCGGCCGCCUCACGCAAGACGCCCGGGGGCUCGUGAUCGCUCGGACUCGUGCCGUAUUCUGCGAGUCGGCCGCCGUGGCCCGUGACCGAGCACGCGCGCUUGGCCGCGCCCCUGCGCAGCAUGACGCGGCGGUCUCAAACCCGGCGCGGGCGGGCCGCGGCUGAGGAGCCGGGGACGCGGCCGGUGCGUGCGUGCUCAGGGCAUACCAUUCCGGUGCCAUCGUUAGCCGUGGCGCACGCGCGGGGGGAAGCUGUCGGCUCGGGGCCACGUCGGGCCGGUGUGAUGCUGGCCGUCUUUUCGUAUCGUUCCUUGUGGUCAGGUCUUGCCAUGUUCAGUGGGUCUUGGGGCUUGGCUUGCCCCGCCCGACAGGUUUCCCUCGAAACAUGUGCGGAGGCUGACGUCGGGCCCAAGGUCAUGAGGCGGUUGGUGAGCUGACAGUUGUCUUCCGCGCGGGCCCUGAAGGCGGCUUGGUGCCUUGUCACGGCCCGUUUUAUCGGCUACUGUAAGCUGACAAUGCGUAGCCUCUAUCUGCGAUACUCUAACUAGUCGCUCGCAGAUACAUUUGGCGUUGGUGCCGUCCGCCUUGCUGACGCCUCGGAUGCCGUUGUCCCCAUGCGCCGAUGUUUGGCGCCGCGUUAUUGUGAUAGCAUAAGCAUAGCGUGGUGAUAGUAUAGUGCCGGGCUCGGCCCGCCAGCGAUGUCUUCGGCGGCCGCUCUGGUGGCAGUCGGCCGAUCUGGAGAGCAGAGCGUUCCCGGCGCCGCAGUCCGGGCCGGGGUGGCGCCUGGCGCGCCGGCCCCCCCCCCCCCCCCCCGAACAGCCUGUGCUCGGAUAGCUUGGGUCCCGCUCUGCGAUGGUACUGGGGGGGCAGGUUUCCGUCGUGAUGUCUGUCGUUGCUGUGAAAGGUGGCCGGGAGCCUCGUUCGGCUCAGUUUGCGGGUGAGACCGGCUUUGAUGUUCUAUAGUUCCGUAUACUGAUCUGGUUUUGCACCUUUUUGCUUGCUUACCUGGAACUUUUGCCGCCAUGUACAUUCAUCUAUCCAAGGGUGCACUUGGCUUAGUUUUAGUUGUUUCGGAAUGGUCUUGUCGCUUAGUCAGUUGCCAUUCGUUGGGCAACAAUUUUCAUAGGUUUUCUUCUGCCACAGAGUAGUGUGCUCUUCGAAAAAUAUUAAAACAUAAGUUCCAGUUGCUG